AUACAGACUUUGACACGGAAAUUGCGUCACUACAGUACCAACGUGCUAGCGGUAAAGCACCUGGGAUCCCAGAGCUGCAUGCAAUCAUGUGGCCUGUAGUGUGGACAGCGUUGCGGACCUAUGCUCCUUAUGUCACCUUCCCUGUGGCUUUUGUGGUUGGAGCAGUGGGCUAUCACCUGGAAUGGUUCAUCAGGGGCACCCCCAAAUCCAGAGAGGAAGAGAAAGGCAUCCAGGAACUGAGGGAAGAAAGAAAGCUGCAGGAGCAAGUGGGCAUGGACAGCACAAAGGUGCUGAGCCUCAAAGAGAAACUGGAGUUCACACCUAAAGCGGCUCUGAACAGGAACCGACCUGAAAAGAGCUAAUCCCCUGUUUCCGUGAUAGACUUGCGUUUGACCUUUUUUUUUCAGCUGGAGGACUGUGCACUGAGAGCAGAAGAGAGGGUGAUCACUGAAUCAUACAUUCUUCCUUAUUCAGUUCAGCUCCACUCUCAUGGAAACCCGUAGCAAAAACUUGCCUGGGUGAACACUGGGAAACUUUUAGUAGCUGGAAUAUAAUUAUUUCUUCUCCAUAAUCAAACAAAGGUGUAUGUAUUAGGCUGUACCAAAUUCUCCAAUCAUCUUCUUGAUGGUGCAUGUGCAUGCUUUUUAUCAAUAACUUAAGCCAUCCACUGUCAUUAGAACACCUUAUUGUAGAACCUUUGAGUGUUCGGUCUUUAAUCUGACAAAGUUUUAUGUGAUUUGGAACCGACUUGGAUGGAUUACAUACAUCUGGUUGUGCCAGUAUGGUAAAUGUAUAUAAUUGCGACUUUGUUAUUAAGUCACUCAAAUGUCAUUUGUCAUUUCACGACCAAUUUUCAUGUUACAGACCUGUCUGGGUUUUUGGGGGGUUUUUACUCCUUUUGAUCUUUUCUGUUUAUAGAGACAGGAAGUCUGGCUGUCAUAAAAGAAGAGAAGAACGACAGGACUUUGCUGGAACCUUUGAUGAUAUGUGACAGAACAUAAGCCAGCAUUGUGGGCGGUCUCCCAGGAUGUUUAAGCUGCUUAGUUGUAUUGUCUGUAACCAUGUGCUCAAUACUUUCAUUUUAGAAAGUCUGGAUUUGCACACUUUAAAAAAAACAGUAAUAAUAUGUGUCUUGCUGAAAAAAUGUGAUAAAUAAAGAAAAAAGUUUGUGUG